AUUUCCACAUGUGCUGGGAUAGUUCAACACUUCACUGAGAACCGGUUUCUCCUGUUUGAACUUUUGUUGGUAUGCAGCUAGAAGACGGAGGUGUGAUCAGCUUCAUAAAAGGCAGAGCUUCAGUGUAGCAGUGAUCCAGCGUCUGCUCAGCUCGAGUCAGAGCUCAUUUGGAUUUUAUUAGCUGGCUAGGUGUCUGAAUCUAAAGAGAAAAGCACUACAAACAGGUUGAGGCUGUGGAAUGGCUUCGGCGUGGCAGAGAGUCGAGUCGCUGCAUCAGUGGAUUGUGGAGAAUGGAGAUAAAAGAACCGACCCAUGGCUGCUCGUUUACUCCCCCGUCCCCGUCUCCUGUAUUUUCCUCUGCUACCUCGGCAUCAUCUGGCUCGGACCGAGACUCAUGCGGAACAGGGAACCGGUCGAACUCAAACUUGUGCUUAUCGUUUAUAACUUUGCUAUGGUUUGUCUGUCAGUCUACAUGUUCCACGAGUUUUUAGUGACGUCUUGGCUGUCAAACUACAGCUACCUGUGUCAGCCUGUCGACUACAGCGACAGCCCUUUGGCUUUGAGGAUGGCCAGGGUGUGCUGGUGGUUCUUCUUCUCCAAAGUCAUUGAGCUCAGCGAUACCGUGUUUUUUAUCUUGCGUAAGAAAAACAAUCAGCUAACGUUCCUGCACGUCUACCAUCACGGCACCAUGAUCUUCAACUGGUGGGCCGGAGUCAAGUACGUCGCCGGCGGUCAGGCUUUCUUCAUUGGCCUCCUUAACACUUUCGUACACAUCAUCAUGUAUUCGUACUACGGCCUGGCAGCUUUCGGACCACACAUGCAGAAAUACCUGUGGUGGAAACGUUACCUUACCUCCCUGCAACUGCUGCAGUUUGUCCUCCUCACCACACACACCGGCUACAACCUGUUCACCGAGUGUGACUUUCCCGACUCCAUGAACUCGGUGGUGUUCGCCUACUGCGUCAGCCUCAUCCUGCUCUUCAGCAACUUCUACUACCAGAGCUACAUGAGCAGCAAGAGCAAGCGCUCCUGAUGCAGACUCCGCCCCUUUUCCUGCCCUGCACACCACACACACCAUGCAGAAUCGUGCCUUAAAUCAUUAGUAGUAAUACCUCCUCCGUGCACUUUUCAUAAUAAAGCUUUUCUAUAUAUUU